GAAGAAACGUGGAAGGAUCACUGGAAGUGCUUCGUGGCAUGUGGUAUCAUUGUACUCUCGCCAUUCCAGUAUGGCGUGGACUUUGGUCUCAUCGGUGGUCUGCAGGCCAUGGUUGGCUUCCUCAAGAUCUACGGUCAUCCAGCCCCCGACACCGCCAUCGGAUGGAACCUCGAUACGACAAGACAACAAUUGAUCUCGAGUCUCAUGACCCUUGGCGCCUUCAUCUCGUCCGGAACGGCAGGCAUCGUGGCCACGUACGUGAGCAGAAGGCAGUGUCUCUGGGCUGCUUGCGCUCUGUGCUGCGUCAGCAACGUGAUCAUGAUGGCUACUGAGGACAUUGGCGCGCUCUAUGCUGGCCGCUUCCUCAUUGGGUUGGCCAAUGGAUAUUUCAUGACCUUCAGCCAGCUGUAUAUCCAGGAAUCGAGUCCUGCCAGAUACAGGGGUUGGUUCUUGACCGCCUUCCAGUUCUUCACUUCCUUUGGUACUCUGAUCGGCACCAUCAUCGACUGGGCCACCGCUAAGCGCCCCGACAAGUCCGCCUACUUGAUUCCCCUCGGCAUGAUCUACAUCAUCCCUGUCAUCAUGACCGUCGCCCUCUUCUUCAUCCCGGAGUCCCCCCGCUGGCUCAUCCUCCGAGGCGACUACGAGCAGGGUGUCAAGGCUCUCCGGUGGUUGCGUCCUGUUGGCGCCGAUGUCGAUGCCGAGGGUGCCGAAAUCAAAGCCGCCAUCGACAGGGAGAAGGAGCUCAGCAGCAGCAUCAGCGUCAUGGACAUGUUCAAGAACCCCAUCGACAGAAGACGCACUGGUCUCGCCGUUGGUGCUGUCCUCUUGCAAGCCGCCUCCGGUUCCAUGUUCGUCAUCGCCUACAAGGCCUACUUCCUCGCCAUGUCCAAGGUCUCGGACCCGUUUGCUAUGAGCAACGUCCUCUCCGCCAUGGGCAUCCUCGCCAUCUUCUUCAACAGCUUGAUCGUCGUCCGCUGGGGCAGACGCCGUGUCAUCCUCACUGCCGGUCUGGCCAUCUGCGGUAUCCUCCAGCUGAUCAUCGCUGUUGUCUACCAUAUCCUGGGCGCAACCAAUACCACCGGAAUCGUCCUGGUAGCCCUGACCUGCGUCUACAUGAUGACCUACAACGGCAUGAUCUCCACCUACGCCUGGCUCGCAGGUGGAGAGAUCCCCUCUCAGCGUCUCAGAAGCUACACUUUCGGUCUCGCCGCCGCCGUUGGUUUCUUCGGCGCCUGGCUCACAACUUUUACAGCGCCAUAUUUCAUCAAUCCUGCCUCUCUCGCGUGGGGUCCCAAGUAUGGCUUCAUCUGGUUCCCCAGCUGCAUCAUCGGUGUGCUCUGGGUUCUGUUCUUCUUGCCCGAGACCAAGGGCCGCACCCUCGAGGAGAUUGACGAGAUGUUUGAGGCCAAGCUGCCUGCGCGCAAGUUCAGACACCACAUCUGUGUUGGCCAUGUGAAUACUGCCGAGAAAAUUGAUGAUCGCGCUUCGGAAAAAGUGAGCCCCCCCCCAACCCCUGAGCUUUGGAUUAGCGUUAGGGUUAUGAUACUAACUUUUUGCAGACACCCACCGAGGUUCAACAUGCCGAAGUGA